CACGGACAGGCAGAUGGUGAUACUCCCGUGGGCACCACCUUUGGUUAACCACCUCUGCUCGUCCGGGUCACCCUGGCGGAUGAUGUUGAUGUUGGUAUCGACGGUCAGAGUCGUGAUAGGAACCAACUUCUGCCAUCGCAGCCUCCACAAAUCUACAAGCUGUGUUUCUUCAUCCACACGACUGAGAUUCUUCGAUCUGAAUAGCCAGUUAGGCAGUAUUAACGAACUAGCAAUUGUUAUCCAGUUAACUGGCCGUUUGGGUAAUUCUUUGUCGCUCGGGUGAAUUCUUUACUGCUUCGACAUGAGAUACCCCGAAAUAUGCGAGUUGCGCUGUACACCCCCCAAAGGAGCGAAGAUACCCCCAAACGCAAAUAAAUGAAGAAUAGGAAUGAGAAUAGAAGCAAGAGAGCGGGUCAUUUUGUUCUCUGUGCCACUCAAGUCAAGCAUCAUGGAGUCGACGCCGCCGUUUUCUUUGACUAGCUUCAAAGUUGGCUUGUCUCGAGAUACCCAUCAUCAUUCUCAGUGUUUACCAGCUCUGGUGAAGAUGGACGUCGCGCAUAGGCUGUGGAAACAGGCUGAUAAUGACCAUCCAUUCUAUCACAACAGUGAAGAAGACGGAGUGCGCUGUAGGAGAUCUAUAUAAAGGCCGUGAAGGGACCUCUUCAACAUGACCCUUCUAUACUCCUCAUCAGCAUCCUCAUCAUCUCCAGUACGGUCGUUCAAAGUCUGCAAUACUACUAGUUACCACCAUGGUCAAAUACGCUCUUCUGCCUCUGGUUGCCGCCUCCCUUGUCCAGGCUGGCGGCCCUGAAUGGCACCAUUCCAAAACCGCUGACUUCGCAGUCGACCCGAGAGUCCACAAGGGCUGCACUUCCUGGAUAAACGUCGUCGAUGCCUCAGGGAAGCUUACCUGUGAUGCCUUCCUAGACACCAUCAACGUUGCCAAGAGGCAGUUCAUCCUCUGGGUACGAUUUACAUCUUAUUGACUUGAUAUCUAGGAAUUGUGCACCCUACUAACUAUAUAACCGCCGUGUAGAACCCCCAGAUCAACAGUGACUGCUCAAACAUCAAGAGCCAGACAUCUUACUGUGCUUUCCUGCCUUCUCAUGUCAGUAAGCAGACUCGCGGGCAGAUGGACCCUCCCCCGAAAACAAAACCACUUCCACCUGGCUUGUUUAACGACUGGGGCAACAAUCACGCUCAAAAGCGCAAUGACCCUCCUCCGAAAACAAAACCACUUCCACCAGGUUUGUUCAACGACUGGGGCAACAACCAUGCUCAGAAGCGCGAUGCCCUGUAUCCUACAAAGGGAUUGGAGGGCUUUCAUGGGCCAAAAGAGGCUCCUCCACCAGAUUGGGGACACAAGGGCGUGGUUGAGGGUAUUCAUGGAGACAUGAUGAGCACGAGAUCACCAAUAAUGGGAACUGGCCUGCCCGAACAACAAUCCGAGCCGGCUUUCAUGCCACCACAUAUCCCUAACCUCCCUACUGGAAUGGAGAAUAAGAUGGUUGUUCAUCCUACAACCCUGACCAAGAAACUGAGACCGACGGGCAGCUACGUCAAGCGUGAUGCUAAUGCCCCUGCCCCUACACCCGGCUCUGUUGGUGCUGCUAUUGCAGGAUGCAAGCAGUAUCAUACUGUCAAAGCCAAAGAUACAUGCUUCAAUGUUGCUCAGCAGUACCCUGGCCUUCUUUUCAGCGAGUUUCUCAGACUGAACCCGUAAGUGAGCCCGUUUUGCAUCUCGAUAGGUAUUCAUGGCUUAUUCAGUCCGCUCAGCAACCUUGAUACUGUCUGUCCGAACCUCAACGCCAAUACUCGAGUCUGCGUGAAGGCUGACCCAAAAACCAACUUGGUACCAACUCCCUCUGCCGUCGUAGGUGUCCAUGCCCGCGAUGCCCAGGGCUGGCCGUCUCCCACCAAGCCGGGAACGAACCCAGGCUGUAGGUCAAAUUCCCCUCUAUCUUCAGCGGAGUCCAACUCAACCAGAAUGCUAACUCUCUGCAGGCAAGUCGUUUGAAUUGGUUAAGAAGGGAGACUCGUGUGAGGGCGUUGCCAGCAAGCACCAUAUCUCCGUCGCCCAGCUCAAGCAGUGGAAUCCAGCUGUUGGGCCUACCUGCGAGAAGCUUGAAAUUGGAUACUACGCCUGCGUCCGUGUCUGAUCAGCCAUCCUGGCCAUCUCGUAGCUGAGUUUUCAAGGCCUCCAGUCCUUCUGCUAUCCAUACACUUUUCUUUUCUUUUUCAUUUAUGGUUCUUUUCUUCUGCCAAAUCUUUAGACAUUAUGUCCAUCUCUGGCACUCUUCAUUUAUAGAUUUAGAAAUCAUAAUCUUCCCCUUGGCUAGGCCUUUAUUCCAAGGGUAUUAUCUUCUACCAGUUCCCUUAAAGUGUCUGCCAUUCUAAGCCUGUCUUUCUGGGUAUUUUCGCACCAAAUCUGAUAGUGAAGUGACUUUUGCCUUUUUCGUAACCUCAACUUCAACCUCAACCUCAAUCUCAAUUUCAACUUCAAACUUCUCUCCGUUUUGACUGAUGGGCAACUCCAUCUUCACCCUCAUAUCCAGGCAGCAGUCUGCCGCCUGCGGCCUGCUUGGUUCCUCAGGCUUCGUGUUUACCCGUCUGCUGGCUACCACUUACUACG